AAAAUACCAACACGAAAAUAUAAAACCUGUAGGUGAGAUAUACACAAACAUUCGCCGCUGUGAAGCAAAGUCCGACUUGACUGCUGGAGCAAGAUGGAGAGCCCAACUGAGUGACUGCGUGAUUGACCGAAUCAAUAUGCUGGAGAGUUAUAAUAAGCUAUUGGUAUCGUUCGAUAGCUUACUUGAUAUACCAGCUGUGAUGUUCAGUGGUGCUAUACUUUCAGUAUGGAACAAGCGCCUAGCGGAUCGCUGUUUUGAUGUUUAUGGCCCUAUCCCGCUUUUAACCGGUCUGAAGCUAAUUUUAUCAGGAAUUUAUUCACUACUUAAACCAUAUUCGUGACUUUUGGGCCGUGUCAGUUGCUGAAGGUGAUCUUUCCAAAAUGGAAAAGAUAACCUGCGAGGACGUGAAGGCAUUGGAAGGACUGGCACCGGGCGUGAGCUCUUCAGAUAAAGCACAGAUAGAAGGUGCAAG